AAACGGUUGAAAUCCAUACUCAGUAAUCAAAAGAAAGGUGAAUGUGUUGAAAGUCAUCUUAUUAUUUCUGAGACUGAGACAUUGGAGAAUACAGAGGCUCAUAAUUUUGAGUCUAAUGAUUCUGACAAACAAUGUACAAGAGAUUUUGAUCCCUCACAAUCUCAAACAGUAGGCAAUGAGAGUCAGGCUUGUGGGGAUACUCUACCUGAUGCAAGUGAAGCAAUGACAAAAGGACCAUUAAGUAGUAUCAAAUGGAUGGCUAACAAAUUCUUGAAUCAAAAGGAAUCUGAAUCUGACAAAAUUCAACAUACCAUAAAUGAUGAUACAACGGCAGUAGCACCACUGUCUCUUAACAGCAUACUGCAUCCAGAGUCCAAUGAUAUUGGGCUACAACUCACUGGAGAUGCUGAGUGUCCAUGCCCAAAAUCUAUGAUUAUUAAGACUCAAUCAGCCGUAGAUUCUUCUCGUGAUAAAAUUGAAACUCUGCCAGACAGGCCAUUGUAUGAGAACCAUAAAUCAAGAAAAUCACUUGCACAUGUUACUAAAUAUACUAAAGGACAAGGAGGACACCACCACUUGCAUGGGAAGAUACAUGAGGAAGAUCAUACUGGGAAGCAGCUUCAGCCGACGAUGGUGGAGAGCUACGAGUAUUCUCAGUUCGGAGCUAUACGGGAAUUUUCUCCUAUCCAAGCAGUAUCCGGAGCAAGCAGCCGGUUCGCACUUAAUCUCUAUCAGGACUUAUCGGCACAGCCAGGGAACAUCUUCUUCUCGCCUCUUAGCAUACAGAUAGCACUCGUGUUGGUGUAUCUCGGGGCGAAAGGAAAUACAGCAUUCGAGAUAGCGAGAGGACUACAUUUAAGAGAUAAUAAGCAAGUCAUUGGGGCUGCUUUCAGUGAAGUAAUGCGACAGCUGAAUGGGUACGAUGAAGUAUCGCUUCAGAUCGCUAACGAAAUUUUCUUGAAACGCGGUUUUAAAAUAAAAAACGAAUUCAAACAUGCGGCUACUGCAUUCAACUCGGGAGCCGAGGAACUGGACUUCAAUCGACCUGAAGAGUCAAGAGCGCAAAUUAAUGGAUGGAUAGAAGAGAAAACUCAAAGGAAGAUAAAAAAUUUAAUAAAGCCAGGUGUUCUGUCAUGUUUUACUCGGAUGGUCAUAGCAAAUGCAGUUUACUUCAAAGGAGAAUGGGUAAAACAAUUCGAGAAAACGAGUACUUCGCCGAUGCUUUUCCAUUCGGAACGAGCAACAAAUGUGGAGAUGAUGUUUGUAAAGGAAAGAUUCAAGUACACUUACCUGCCACAGCUGGAUUCCCAGGUUCUUCUCCUGCCUUACAGGGGUGAGCGAUUCUCUAUGAUGGUUCUGCUGCCGAAGAGAGUAAACGGUCUGUUUGCUGCUGAGAGGAGGAUAGGGGGCAUAGACCUCUUUGGCGUUGCAGACCACACAUACUGGCAAACAGUGCACGUGUACCUACCAAAGUUCAAAAUGGAGUACGAAAGAGAACUUGAAGAAAUUUUACCAGGUCAUGGCAUGGUGGAUAUGUUCGACAUACGCAAGGCUAACUUCACUGGAAUCAGUGAUGCACCACUUGUAGUCAGCAACGUCAUACACAAGGCGUUCAUCGAAGUCAACGAGGAAGGAGCGGAAGCAGCGGCGGCCACUGUUGCUGAAAUUGCCGUCCUCUCUACAGCUGUAUCACCGCCACCACAGUCCAUUCUAUUCAGAGCUGAUCGGCCGUUCGCCUUCUUCAUACUAGACCUAGAGACGAGAAUGGUGCUCUUCGCUGGGCGGCUCUCUUCUCCUGAUGUAUAA